AUGGAGUCCAUCUCAUGCCUGUACUCCGACAACACCUUCUGCUUUGGCUUCGGCGCAACCAGUUACAAGGCAGCGCUUACAUCGCUGGACGCUAUACUUCCCAAGCAGCACAUUGCUUCCAUGCGACACAUCGAAGUCGGCUGGCAUCUCUAUGCUGGUGUGAGUCAGUACUAUGACAGCCACCCUCAAGCAUGGGACACUACGCUGGAUGUCCCAGCGCCCGAGACUGAAACGCUGUGGAACGAUGUCUGCACUGAACUCGUCAAACUGUCGCAUCUGCGGACGCUGCGGAUUGUGGUCUGGCUGUCCGGUGAUAGGAGAGGACAGUUUGUGGAAAGGGAGAAAGACUUGCUUGCACCGCUGUUGGUGAUGGGACAUUUAGAUAGGUUUGAUAUUCAUCUGCCAUGGAAGCAGGGUGAUCCUGAAUUGUGGAAUGAUGCGCCGUUCUCGGUUUCUAGGCGUUUCAGGGUCAAGGAGAUGUAUGGUGUGAGCGUUCCAUUACUUGAUGAUGACUUUUACUGGUCGGGUUCGGCUGCUAAACAUAGGAUAUACAGGCACUGCUCCGUAAAGCAAUAG